AACCCAGGACGGUUCAGGGGACUAUAUCCUCUGAAUAAUGGGCGCCCGCUCUACCUCUACAGCACGCAGCACAGUAUUAGCAUUCUUGUGACCGUGAGUUUGGUGUUUUAUUUUGAAAGUCUCAAACGGAAACCACCAUAAUAUUGUCGCUCGGGAAGCUGCUUUACGGUUUUACCAACCAGACUCGGUAACAGAGGCUUGGUUGACUCAUUUCGGCCCUUUUCUGAGUCUGUCCGUGUCGUCAGAACGAAUAGCUGGGUUGAGGUUCGGUUCGACAGCUGGAAGCAGCAUGGCGUCAGGAGGCCCCAUGGUGAACGGAGACAUCUCCCGCCCUCCGGGUCAGCCGGGCACGCUGGAGGAGACGGUGCAACAGAUGAACAUGCUGAUCCAGGAGAACCGCGACCUGAAAGAGGCGCUGCGUCAGACCAACCUGACCAUGAAGGAGCGCUUCGAGGGCCUGACGGCGUGGAAGGAGAAGCAGCGGCAGGAGAAGGACUUCCUGGAGAAGCGUCUGGAGGAGGCCCGCCGCUGCAUAGAGACGCUGACCGUCCAGAACCAGGAGCUCAGCAAGAGGCCGGAGGCAGGGGGCGGAGCUCAGAGCGCGGAGGCCGACGCCCUGCGCGCCCAGGUGGCUCGACUGCAGGCGGAGAAGAACGACCUGGUGGCCCUGAACUCUGAGCUGCAGCUGAAGGCUGAGCAGGGAGCCGAGGAGGACUCCUUCAUCGAGAUCAUCAAGGUGUCGGACGCAGGUGUGGAAGACGUGAACCAAACGUGCGGUUCGGAGCGCAUCAGGCGCCCGGACCUCAGCAUGACCACGUCGCGGCAGGAGAACGAGGAGGCCACGGUGAGCCGGCUGCUGCAGUCGCUGAGGAACGAGACGCAGAGAUGUGAGCAGCUGCAGAGCGAGCUGCAGGCCUGCACUGCCAGAAUCCAGGAUCUGGAGGAGAAGAACCAUAAAGUGGAGAAAACCAUGAAGACCACCCAGACAGAGGCGAAAGAAGACGCUGCAAAGGAGGAGAAGGCGGCGUCUGAGGUGGAGAACCUCAAGUCUCAGGUGAGGACGCUGUUCCGGGACUUGCAGCAGGCGCAGAGCAAGCUGGACGAAGCCGAAGGCAUGAAGAAGAACCUGCAGGACAGGUGUCGGGAGGUGGAGCAGGACGUGGCCACGCUGAAGGCCCAGCUGCUGGAGAAGCAGGCGGUGCAGGCGGAGAACGAGCGGCUGAAGCUGCAGCUGGGCAGCCUGCAGGCGCAGGGCCAGCUGGAGCAGAAGAAGGCCGACGACGACAGAAACAACCUGGCUCAGCUGAAGGACGCCUACACCAAACUGUUUGAGGACUACAACGAGCUCAAAGAGGAGAAGAAGAGAAAGGAGUCCCACAUGGUGGAGAGGAACCUGGUGGAGGACCUGCAGCAGCGUCUCACCGCUGCAGAGGAGGCGCUGGCCGUCAAGCAGACCAAGAUCGACGACAUGAAGCAGGAGAUGUUCCAGAAGGAGAAGGACCUGGAAACCAUCUCUGUGUUCCAGGCUCAGGCUGAGGUCUACUCCUCGGACUUCUACGCGGAGCGAGCGGCGAGGGAGAAGCUCCACGAGGAGAAGGAGCGCCUGGCCGCGCAGCUGGAGUUCGUUAAGAAGCAGAACACGCAGCUGCAGCAGGACAUGGACUCACUGGGCCGGCGUUCUCUGAAUGAAAUGCAGCGCAGACACGGAUCCACUGUAUCGGGCUCUCAUGGACCCGAUGCCAGUCUGGUAGGAAGAGGUGCCGACUGGAACCAGGGCAACAUUCCUGAACACGCCUGCCCCAAAUGCAACGAGAUCCUUCCAGACCUGGACUCCCUGCAGAUCCACAUCAUGGACUGCAUCAACUAGACCUUCCUCACCAGGAGCACCUUCAGAGUCUUCCUCUGCUCUCAUCCGUACUGUACCUCCCUGUGUCCUAUCCUGUAGGAUCCAAAGAUCUCAUAGUUUCUGGAUGGAAGUCUAAAGAGGCUUCAUCAAUCCAGGCCUGCUGUAGUUUGGGGGUUUGUGGAAAAAGUGCGUACCAGCCAAUCCCAACAGUUGGCUUUUGAUCGAUCUAGCUGGACAUAAACCCUCUCUUUUAUAUUAUUAUUGUUUUUUGUUUUAUUUUGUUCAGUUUGUCAAAAAAAAGGGUAAUCUUUCUCAGAAUGUAUAGAUUUUAGAGCAACGUUAUCACAACUUGGCGCCACUGAAAAAGGCAGGUGACAGAAAACCGUCAAUUUGCCACGUAUAUAAAAUCCCUGUAAAUGUUGUAAAACGUCUCAUCAUAGGAGGAAACGAGUAGAAAGAGUAGGAAGCAUAUACUGUAUGUCACGUUUAGGAAAUGUAAAGUGAGCUCCUGUCUGUUCUACAGCCAACUGAAACCUGAGAGCAGCAGAUGAGGCUCCACACUGCAGAACAGCAUGAGCCAAAACACUGGCGUGGAUUUAUUUAUUUAUUUUCUUGUGUGUUUAUAGUAAACCAAGCAAACCGAAGGUUUACAUCGCCUUACAUGCCAUUUGCCAUCUUAUGGCACAAUAUUUAAUAUUGACCAUAGCUGUCAUAGAAGUCCCCUUUUAAAAGCCAAAUGUUUGGUUAUAUCCUGUCUCAAAAUUACCCUGUAGAAAUCUUUCAUGCUAUUUUUUUAUUUUUUAUUAUUUGACAUGUUUUGUCUUGGCAUUUCAGGCGUUCCAUAUAUUGAAGCUGGUUAUGCUAGGACAGUUUUUUAAAUCAAAAAAAAAAAAUCACUAAUCUACUAAUUUAAUAUAAAUGUAUAAAUGUCCUUAAAUCUUUUGCCAUCUUUUUGUUUCUUUUCUUUUUUUUUUUUUUGACCAUAGAUAUAUGUUUUGUAAAUACGGGCCUGGGAUGGUACAGGAGCCUGGCUUUGCACGAAAACAUUGUACCACUUCUAGCAUUUAAAUAAGGUUCAGUUAAAGAAUUUAAGAAAAUGUUUUGGGGUUUGUAAUCUCUGCGUGAUCUGAGCUGAAAAGUGGGAAAGAAUAUAAAUCUGCAUGGCGGACAUGUCUUACCAUGUUACCAAGUAUGCAUCUUCUAAAUGCUUUGAGAUUUUAUGGAGUCUCUGAUCAUCAUUUAAGCUCCUGAUUGGAUUUACUGUCUGGAGAGGAUGGGUAAGAUGAAGGCACAUAUUUUCUUUUUAUUAAGCAGAUGAAACUCUAUAAUUAGAACAUAAUUUAUAUUUACCUGUUAUUGAAUAUGCAGGAAACUCUGUCAGUUCUGUAUACCUUGUAAGUUUUAAAGGUUUGGAAUUCUGUGGGAAAAAAAAUUAAUAAAAUGAGAGAAUUUCUGUCU